AUUUGUUUAGUGGAAAAACUGUUGGUUUGUCGGAUUAGAUAGAAUAUAUUUAAAACUGGCAAUGGCUGAUCUGCAAAUCUUGUUAAAAACUGUCGAUUUUGCAGCAAAAAAGCACAGAGACCAAAGAAGAAAAGAUACUGAGAUGACACCAUACAUAAACCACCCUAUUGGAGUGGCAAAUAUAUUAAGUGAAGAAGCGGGUAUUAAAGACCUUGUGGUUCUGCAAGCUGCAGUUUUGCAUGACACUGUUGAAGAUACUGAAACUACUUUUGAAGAAAUAGAAGAGUUGUUUGGAAAAACUGUUAAAUCUGUUGUAGCUGAAGUAACGGAUGAUAAAACACUUCCAAAAGAAGAACGGAAGAAAUUACAAGUCUGUAAUGCUCCACAUAAAAGCAGAGAAGCUAAGUUGGUGAAGCUUGCUGACAAGUUGUACAACCUUAGAGACCUGAACAGGUGUUCCCCACAAGGCUGGAGCGAACAAAGGGUUGAAGAAUAUUUUAAAUGGGCGUUCAAGGUAGUGGCAGGUUUAAGAAAUACAAAUUCUAUGUUGGAAGAAAAACUUGAUGCACUUUUUCAAGCAAAAAACAUAACAGAAAAUUGAUUUACUGAGAUUUGAAAAGCACUGCAAGAAAAACACAACAUAAUGUCAUGAUUCGCUAAAAGCAUAGAAAUAAAAAUCUACAAAACUUAAAGCACAAAAUAUAUAUAUAAAAACUAGCUCAAAACUUUUAUGAUUUGGCAUAAAUCAUGAUUUAUGCCGAAAUAAGUUAUACAUGUUUUGUAAGAAUGAAUUCUUCAUUGCCAGUUUAAAAUCCUGAUACCACUUCAUUAAUGUUCUUCUUUUUUCUAUUUUUUCUUUAAGAGUAAAAGUUGAAAAUGUAUCAAUAACUGACUUUAACUGUUUCCAAUUUUGCACAUAUAACACAGGUGCACUGUGCUGUUUUAAUAAGCUGUAUGGUGCCAGUUUAGUACCUUCACAACUGUUUGGUUGUACUUGAUUUUCUAUUACAGGAAUCGAACCAUA